UUCCAUCUACCUCCACGUAUCUAUUACUUCAAGUGUGUGAUGAAGCGGUAAAACACAUUUCAAGAAUCGCUUAUUUCAUUCAACCCAUUUUCAACUGCUUGUCAGGACAAAAAUAAUAACGUCUCUUCAGAAGUAGAGUUUUAUAGCAGCCGCAGUGGCAAAUACGAGCUCUUACGUUUCCCUGAGACGUGCAUGGUGGAUUAUCUCCGCAAUCAGGAAAGGAUUACGGGCAGAAUUGAAAUUUGACUGGGACUUUUAUCGGCAAUGUGCUUCUACGUUUUCCUCCCGUGGGGAGCACGUCACAAUAUCCUCCUAUUAUUAGAAAUUCACUCUUGAGCUCUCUUGCGCUCGCUAUCAAUUCCGUUGCUAGGGAAUUCAGUUUUUUGUUUAAAUCAGGAAUAGUCUUUAUGCAUAAUGGGCGACAUUCCACAAUUAAUUAAGAUCAGCGUUUCUCUUAAAAUACAACCCAAUGACGGGCCGGUAUAUUUUAAGGUGGAUGGUCAGAGAUUCGGUCAGAACAGGACAAUAAAAUUGCUAACCGGUUCAAAGUACAAAAUUGAAGUGGUUGUGAAGCCUGGAGCAGUUGAAGCCACCUCUAUGGGCAUAGGCGGGGUAAACUUCCCGUUGGAACAGAAGUCGAAGGACCCUCAAGCCGUCACGUACACCGGGUUCUACGAUACAGAAGGAGUGACCCAUACCAAAAGCGGGGAGAGACAACCCAUACAAGUGAACAUUCAGUUCAAUGAUGUUGGGACCUUUGAGACAGUCUGGCAAGUAAAGUACUAUAACUACCACAAGAGGGACCACUGUCAAUGGGGAAACAGUUUUGCCAGCAUUGAGUAUGAAUGCAAACCCAACGAGACUCGCAGCCUCAUGUGGAUCAACAAGGAGAUGUUUGUUUGAGGUUUAACCACACUAUCAAUAUUCAUUAUCAUUAAUAAUUAAAAAAUGUUGAACUUAUCUAAGGACUUUUGAAUAUCAACCAGCACAAAGCCUUAUCAUAGGCGUGCAUAUCAAAAGAGUAAACUCUUUGUUCUUAUAUUUUGCGGUGGAAUAUCAUUGUGUGCUUAUGUUGGCAGGUUAGUCUGAAUUCUGUCUGGUGAAGUGAUGUUGAGUGAACAGUGUGAUUUGCUUUCCUGUUUUAAAGAUUUAUGUUGUUCAGUUUUGUGUACAUUUGUUUAAUUUGCCUACCUCUGGAUAGCACAACUUUAUAACAUUUUAAUAGACAAAUGUAACACAUUUAUUUCAUUAUUAUUUAUUAUGUUUUUGCAGAUAUGGCCAUAUCAUAAUUUCCUGUUGUUUUAGCAUAUCUGUGGUGCUUUGAUUAAAUAUUUCUGUAACUUGUGAAAACAAAGUCAGUAUCAUUGAGUAAAACUUUUGAAAUGCUUAAUAUCUUUUUGUAAAAUGAAAAAUUGUAUUAUGUGUUAUUUUCUAAUGUUUAAUUAUUUUGAAAGAGAAUGGCUCAUAUGAAAUACAGGAGGUUGAUUAAUCUUUUGAGCCCAGAAAUGAUAUCCAGAUGCAGACUAUCACAAAACAAGAUGCAAUAAAUUGAUUGAAAACCUG